AUGAAAGCCUAUCUGAAGAGCGCGGACGGCUUCUUUGUCCUCAGCAAAAGCACCACAAUCGGACGGCACGAGGACUCCGACCUUGUUUUGCAGUCCACAGACAUCGACAACCACCACGCUCUCAUCGAGUACAACGAGGCCGAGGGCAGCUUUGUCCUCCAGGACUUCAACUCCCGCAACGGCACCUUCGUCAACGAGUGUCACAUCCAGAACGUGGCCGUGAAGCUCAUUCCUGGAGACGUCCUGCGGUUCGGGGCCACGGGGUUGACCUACGAGCUGGUCAUCGAAAACCCACCGCAGGUCUCCUUCCCGUGGGCGAGGGGCCCAACACCUUGGUCAAGGCCACAGCCCUCUCGGCCCACACCGCAGCAGAACCACUCACCCUCGCCGACACAUAUCCCCUUCCACCCAGGCAUGCGGCCAGCCCCCGUGCAAAGGAGCUGGUCCCAGGGCUUCCCCAGGCCGACCAUGGUCCCGCCAGCCCCGCACGGGCGGCCCCUGAGCGCCAGCGGGAAGAUGUUCUCCUUUGUGAUGGGCCCCACGUCUCCUAUCAUCAAGCAAGUGUGGACCAGCGCCAUGGAGAUGUCGGAGCAGUCCGUGGCCGAGGGGAUUCCUGGGGCCGUGCCUCCCACAGAGAUCUACCUGGACCACGACCUGGGCCAGCAGGACAAGGACGAGAUAAUCCUGCUUUUGGGCAAAGAGGUCAACCGGCUCUCGGACUUCGAAAUCGAAGCCAAGUACAAAGACGCCGUGAUCGCCGGGCUGCAGAACGAGGUGGCCCUGCUCAGCCAGAGGCUGUCCGAGGCGGCCGCCUGCCGGCACAGCGAGCGGCACGGCGCACACGGGCUCCACGUGCUGGAUGACGACAUCGAGGCCAAAAACAAGGAGAUCCAGAGCUUGAAAAGCCAGAUCAGUGCCCUGCAGAAAGGCUACAGCCAGGUGCUGUGCCAGACCCUGUCCGAGCGGAACUCGGAGAUCACAUCCCUGAAGACCGAGGGCGAGAACCUAAGGAAGAACAAUGAGAUCGCUUCCGGAAUGGUGUCAUCUUUGCAGAAGGACGUGUUAGCCAGGAGUGAGCAAGUCCAACAGCUGAAGGAGGAGGUGGAUCAGCUGCAAAGCCAGAACAAAGAGAAAGACCGCCAGCUGGAAGCCCUGGGCUCCAGGUGCUCAGCGCUGAAAGAAGAGCUGAAGCAGGAAGACGCCCAGCGGGAGCUCAGGGAGACCCAGGAGAAGGAGCUGAGAGUCUGCAGAGCCCAAAUGCAAGACAUGGAGAAGGAGAUCAAGAAGCUCAGGGAGGAGCUGCGGAAGAGCUGCUCUGAGCAGACCGCGAUCUCCAAGACACUGCGAGAGAAGAGCAAGGUUGAAGAGAAGCUUCAGGAGGAUUCCAGAAGGAAACUGCUUCAGCUGCAAGAAAUGGGGAACAGAGAGAGCCUCAUUAAAACCAACUUGGAGAGGGCAGUAGGCCAGCUGGAGCAUUUCCGAAGCCAAAUCAUCAAGGCGACCUAUGGCCGCCUGAAGCCCUUCCAGGACAAGCCCAUCACCGACCAGCAGUUGAUAGAGAAGAUCGCCCAGGUCACGGAGGACAACAUUAACUUCCAGCAGAAGCGGUGGAACCUGCAGAAGGAGACGCAGCUCAGCCACUCCAGGCACGAGGAGACGGCCGAGAACGUGGAGAAGCUGAAGGCGUCGCUGGACGGCUGUCAGGCUUGUAUGAAAACGUCCUGUCGCAGCAGCGACCUGAAGAAGGAGGUGGCCCUCCUGCAGCAGCUGCAGGUGAGCCCACCUGUGUCGGGGCUCCAGAAGGUGACACGGGACAUCCUGGGCCUCUCGCUGUCCUGGCUGGAGGAGACAGAGCAGCUCCUCCGGGACCUUGGCAUCCAGCCGCCCAGCUCCGACAAAGGGUUCUCUUUGUAUCUGAUCUAUCUUCUGGACCACUACAAAAAAAUUAUGAGCCAGACCCAGGAACUUCAGGUCAAGUUCAAGAGUUCCCAGGAGACUCAGCAGUGUUUGCUGCAAGAAAAGCUGAGGGAGCAUCUGGCAGAGAAGGAGAAGCUGAGCGAGGAGAGGCAAGAGCAGGAGGAGAGGCUGAAGGCCAGAAUCAGGCGGCUGCUGGAGGAGAAGGCGACUUUGGAGGAGAACCUCACCCAGGAGAAAAACAGAGCGAAGGAGGCCCUGGAGGAGGAACGGAUGAGGGUCCAGGAGCUGGAGGCCCGCCUGGCCCACCAGAAGGAGGUUUGGGAGGAGAACCUCACUCAGGAGAAAAGCAGAGCGAAGGAGGCCCUGGAGGAGGAACGGAUGAGGGUCCGGGAGCUGGAGGCCCGCCUGGCCCGCCAGCAGGAGGUUUCCGAGAGCAGCAUAGCCCAGGAGCGAAGAAAAGCCAAGGAAGCCUUGGAGACAGAAAAGCGGAGAGUCCAAGACCUGGAGAACCAACUAACCCAGCAGAAGGAGAUGUCGGAGAGCAGCAUGGCCCACGAGAGGCAGAAAGCAAGGGAGGCCUUGGAGAAGGAGAAGAGGAAGGUGCAGGACCUGGAGAACCACUUAACCAAGCAGAAGGAGGAAAUAGAAUGGAAAGGGCAAAGAGAGGCCGCUUUAAAUAAUAAAUUGAAGGACGCACUGGCCGUGGUAGAAGAGACCCAGAAAGCAAAGCUGGCUGAAAGUCUAAAAGCAGAGAGCCUCACCGCGAAGUUACAAGAAACGUCAGCCGAGCUGGAAUCUGCCAAGACGAAAAUGAUCACGAUGGAGGAGCGGAUGCUGCUGCAGCAGCAGGCGCUAAAGACCCUCCAGGACGAGCGGGAGUCCCAGAAGCACGGGUUUGAAGAGGAGAUCGCGGGCUACAAGGAGCAAAUCAAGCAGCACGCGCAGACGAUCGUGAGUCUGGAGGGAAGGCUCCGGAACGUGAUGCAGCACCACGGAAGGAUAGAGGCAGAGAUCGUGGCCUUGAAGGAGAAGGAGCCAGCUCAAAAGAAAGAAGUGCCAAGAGAGCCUCCAGUGGCACCUGCCCCGGACGUGGGCACCAAAGAGAUGGAGUGCGACCACCUGAUAGAUGACUUACUGGCUGCCCAGAAAGAAAUCCUGUCCCAGCAGGAGGUCAUCAUGCGGCUGAGGAAAGACCUUAACGACGCCCACAGCCGAAUGUCAGACUUGAGAGGGGAGCUUAGCGAGAAGCAGAAGGCGGAGCUGGAGCGGAACCUGGAGCUGGUCCAGCAGCAGAGCAGUGAACUGAGCGCGCUCAAGAGCAAGGUGGCCCAGCUGAGCGGCCUGCUGGAGAAGAGGGACCGGGAGCUGAAGGCCCUCAAGGAGGCCCUCAGGGAUUCCCAAGAGAAACACAAACUCCAGCUGAGCAUGGAGAAGGAGCAGAAGCUCAGGAGCCCAACCAAGAAGCGUGACAUCUCCGUGCAGAUAGAACCAAUCCACACCGAUGCUUUCUCCAGCAGCCAGGAGGAGCAGUCCUUCAGUGACCUAGGGGUCAAGUGCAAAGGGUCCCGACACGAGGAGAUCAUCCAGCGUCAGAGAAAGGCCUUAUCUGAACUCCGCACCCGAAUCAAGGAACUGGAGAAAGCCUGCUCGGCAAAUCAUAAAGACCACCUGCGUGAACCGUUUCUAGAAUUAAAGACUCCCGGGAUGGAAAAAAAUGUCCAGAAAAUAUUAUUGAACGCAAAACCUGAUUUUCCAACUCUCUCAAGAAUAGAGCUCCGAGCGUCUCACAAUGACCUUUCCAACUCAGGGUCCAGCGUAGCCAUGGAGAAGUCGGGGAAAGCAGAUGUGGCCGAGGCGCUGGAUCUCAGCGAGAAGCUGUACCUGGAUAUGAGCAAGACCCUGGGGAGCCUGAUGAACAUUAAGGACAUGUCAGGUCACGUGUCCAUGAAGCACCUGUCCGCUACCGAGAGAGAUAAAAUCCACCAGCUCCGACAGAGGGACCUCGAUCUGGUGUUUGAUAAAAUCGCUCAGCUGAAGAGCCGGCUGGAGAGAAAAGAGGAGCUUCUAAGAGGAUACGAAAAAGACAUCGAUCAGCUCAGGCAGAGCAAAGUGUCCGUGCAGAUGUACCAGUCACAUGUGGCGAAGCUGGAGGAUGACGUCUACAGAGAGGCGGAGGAAAAGGCGCUGCUGAAGGAGGCGCUGGAGCGCACGGAGCAGCAGCUGCACCAGGAGAAGAGGAUCAACAGGGCCAUGAGGCGGCAGGAGGUCGGAGCCAGAAAAGCCACCCUGAAGAUAGAGCAAGAAAGAGAGAUGAAGAAAGAAACUUCUAGCAAAAGCAACCUAUUGUUUUCUAAGCCCGAUGGAAGGAACUAG